AAAGCACGUGUAAAGGUUUUUCAGACUAAUUUUUAAUUGUUGUAGUUUUGUACUGUCAGUUCACAGUAAGCAUUUUCUGUGUUCAUUUUCUCUUGUCGGGUGGAUCAGAUCUAGUUGUUUGAUUGAUUCAAUGAUGAUUGCUUGAUCGCCACCUGACAUGAGGAAGGCAGACACACAAAAUUAUUUUCAUUUACCACCGAGCUCCACAAACUCUUUCAGUUUUGUUCAAGACUACGACGACGAAGUACUGGUGCCUCAAACAAGCUCCUACAUCCCACCUGGAAAGUUGGAAGCUGACUUCCAACUUUCAUCUGACCUUGACGAAGGCGAAGAAUCUUCACCAGCAAAAGAUUACCACGAGGAGAUCGACGAGCUCCAAAGAAUUUGUGCUUCUGAGCGGUUCAGCAUACAAACGUCUGAGCCUAAGCAUUUGGCAAGUAUCACAGCAGGGGCAUCCAAGCAGAAAAGGAAACGACGACAAGGCAAGAAAAAGAACAAGCUACUGAUAAAGUCGUUCUCUGAGCACUUUACGGAGGACUUUUGUGUGGAAGAAGAGGAGGUGCAACAAGAAGAAAAUUAUUAUUGGCCCGACCCUUCCAGCGAGGACCCCGCGGUACAAAAGUUUUUUAAGCAGUGGGAAGCAUACUGGGCAUCAAAGGGAGAAAACAUUUUGUGGAAAAGUUGGAACGAAAAAUACAAGGAUUACAUCAACCCUAACUACGAUUUUGUAUCUCAUAUUAAAAACGUGUCCCUUUGUUCAGAUAGUAGCAGUAGUAGCAACGAGGACGACUACGAGGCAGAACAAGACUACAAUAGUACCAACGCCACAAUGGAAGGUUUAGUAACAAAAAAAUUGAGUAAGGCAACGCGUCAACUCUUAAGACAACGGAAGGAGCAAGAUAACAAUAAGUCAAAGAGUAUUGGCGAAGACGAGUUGGAAAAUAUGAACAGCGCCAAUUCCAACGCCUCAUUGGAAGGUUUAAUAACUGUAAAAUUGAGCGAGGCAACGCGUCGACUCUUAAAACAACGGAAGGACCAAGAUACCGAUAAGUCAAAGAGCACUGACGAAGACGAGUUGGAAAAUAUGGACAACGACAAUACCAACGCCUCAAUGGAAGGUUUAGUAACAGUAAAAUUGAGCGAGGCAACGCGUCGACUCUUAAAACAACGGAAGGAGCAAGAUACCGAUAAGUCAAAGAGCACUGACGAAGACGAGUUGGAAAAUAUGGACAACGACAAUACCAAUGCCACAAUGGAAGGUUUAGUGACUAAAAAAUUGAGUAAGCCAACGCGUCAACUCUUAAAACUACGAAAGGAACAAGAUAAUGAUAAAUCCGGGUUAGAAAAUAUGGACAACGAUGGUGUCUAUACCUCAAUGGAAGGUUUAGUAACUGUAAAAUUGAGUGAGAAAACACGUCAGCUCCUAAAACGAAAAAAGAGCAAGGAUAAAUCAACAAAUAGAACUAAUGAAGAAGAGUCGAAAAGUGCGAACGAGAUGUGGCAAGAAACAUGGGACAAUCAUUGCCAAGAAGAAUACGCGAACGAAUAUCAAAAGUAUGUGAAAAAGCAUAUGAAGAUGCGAAAAGUUUCCAUUCCAUGCGAAAAUGAUCCAAGAAUUCGAAAAUAUUUUGAUCAACGUUACCAAUUGUUCUCCAAGUAUGAUGAGGGCAUCAAAUUAGAUUAUGAAUCCUGGUUCUCUGUAACGCCCGAAAUGAUUGCUUCUCAUAUUGCAGAUAGAUUUAGCAUUCUGGGACAAAGUGCUGUAAUUUUGGAUGCGUUUGCUGGGUGUGGAGGAAACACAAUCCAGUUUGCAAAAGUUUUUGAUAAAGUGAUUGCGAUAGACAUUGAUCCAAUCAAAAUUGACAAUUGUCGACACAAUUCCAAAAUUUAUGGAGUGGAAGAUAAAAUCGAAUUCAUUGUAGGCGAUUUCAUGGAUUUGGCCGCUACACUGGCAGCGGAUGCCGUAUUUAUCAGCCCACCAUGGGGAGGUCCAGCUUAUCAGUCUGCCAGUGUUUUUGACAUUGAGACCAUGAUCCCGAUGAAUGGGGCCACACUUUUUAAGACUGCAAAGACAAUUUCAGAUAACAUUGGGUACUUUCUUCCCAGGAAUGUUGACGAGAUCCAGAUACUCAAACUUGGCGAAGGAGAUUUCGUGGAUAUUGAGAAAAAUUACGUCAACUGCAAGGUGAAGACGGUGACUGCAUACUUUGGAAAUCUUAUCGCCAGUACAUGAAGAAAAACUAUGAUAAAGACUAGCAGUUAUUUUAUACAUAGUUUACUUUUGCACCAAUUUCUGAUUUUUAAAUCACUAACAUUUACCUGAUUUUAGGUUAAAAUAUUCAAUUGAUUGUUAAUCUAAAAUGGUAAAUUAGUAUUUUACAUGAUUAAUUUUUUCAUGGUAGACAAUAGUAGACAAAUGACAUUAAUGUUAAAUACAUACAUAUAUAAUAUGUACAUACAUACAUUUGUGUAUACGUUACAAUCACAUUUUUAUGUAUUAAAAAAUGUUUAGCUUUCUUCAAAAAUAUUUUCGUUUGCUGGGUUGGUUCAUUUGGCAAUAACACAACCUUUAAACUGGUAAUUCUACUGUCACCUUAUUUAUAAGAGUGGCUCUCCAAAAACAGGUUGCUACCCUCCAUCCAAACAUGCUUUCUAGUUCGGUUUAGAACCAGUUUUAUUUGGCAAUACAUAUAAUAUUACUUCUUUCAAAAAGUAUUUAGCUUCUGGUGGACGAACACAUACUUGAUUUAUUUAUUUAAUCGUGAAACCUUAUUGAGAAUGUCUCCAGGUUUCCUCGUAACCUUGUUAUUUGGGGUCAUAGUUGGAUGCCAUUGUCAAGUACGUGAAGGGCUGUACCGAAUUGUGAACCAUGUGGAGAAUCUGCACAUCACUACAGAAGGAGCCAACACGGCCUUCGCUCGAGUGGUUGGAGAAAAUUGGCAAAAUUUUGGGGAACAGCGAUGGAAAAUUGCAAAAUCUGCUUCUGGAACUGGAUUCACCUUGAUGCCACAAAAGCACACAACAAAUAACGCAUUAUCAUUUUACAAGGAUCCAUCAAAGAAGCACGCAUUGCCCGAAAGCUGGAGCUUUAUGCAGGUUGGGAAUGACUAUUUUGAAAUAAAGAAUGACCGAACGAACCUCUGUCUCAUUAGCAAUGGACGCCGGAAGGAAAUUCAGGAGGGAAAAUGUGACAAAUAUCUUCCAGAUCGACAUUGGAAAUUUAUUUCCAUUUGAAGAAAGUUAUUACAUAAAUGUCUAAAAUAUGUUCACCUUAUUAUUUAUUAUGAUAAUAAAUUAUUCUGAAAUACUGUAUUGUGUAUGUCGUACACAAAAA